AAAAAAAAAAAAAAUUAUAAUCACGCUGGAUUAUGACUGACCAAACUAAAGUAACCAUGUAUCACAUGUUUCAGAACUCCGGAGAUGUAUUCAGGGCUUCGUGUUUAAAGACGAAGAUUCUGAUGACAGUCAUCUUUGGUGGCUUACUCAUUGGGUCUGUGAUCUUACUAUCUUUCUCUCACAACUUCAACGACCAACUUCUUGAUGCAACAAGCAACGACCAACUUCUUGAUGCAGCAAGCAACGAAGAACUUCUUGUUGCAACAAUCAACGGUUCAAGUAGAUCCGAAACACCCCAUGAUAAACUGUUAGGAGGGCUUUUGACAGCUGGUUUCGAUGAACCUACUUGUGUGAGUAGGUAUUAUCAGUCUUCCUUGUACCGCAAGCCAUCUCCUUACAAGCCUUCUGAGUAUCUUGUCUCUAAGCUAAGAAGCUAUGAGAAGCUUCACAAGCGUUGCGGUCCAGGCACAGAAGCUUACAAGGAAGCAACAAAGAAUCUUGGUCAUGGUGAUGAGAAGAACUAUGCAAACAAGUCUGUUGGUGAAUGCAAAUACGCCGUGUGGGUUGCGGUCUACGGUCUUGGAAACAGAAUACUAACUCUUACCUCUGUCUUCCUCUACGCGCUCUUGACAGAGAGAGUCGUUCUUGUUGAUCAAAGCAAAGAUAUAAGUGAUCUCUUCUGCGAGCCGUUUCCAGGUACUUCAUGGUUACUCCCUAAUGACUUCCCAUUGAUGAAGAAGAUUGAUGGCUACGGCAGAGGAUACUCUCGUUGUUACGGAACAAUGUUGAAUAACCAUGCCAUUAGCGUGAACUCAACCCCGAGUCAUCUAUAUCUUGAUAUCUUACAUGAUUCAAGGGAUGAAGAUAAGAUGUUCUUCUGCCCAAAGGAUCAAACUAUGAUCGAUAAAGUCCCUUGGUUGGUUUUCAAAACCAACGUCUACUUUGUUCCAUCACUGUGGUUUAGUCCAACGCUCCGACCGGAACUGAUGAAGCUGUUCCCGCAGAAAGAAGCAGUGUUUCAUCAUCUGGCUAGGUAUCUUUUUCACCCGACGAAUCAAGUUUGGGGUAUGAUCACUAGGUACUACAAAGCUCACUUAGCCAGAGCAGACGAAACACUCGGGAUCCAAGUACGUGUGUUCAGCGACCAAGCAGGUUAUUUACAACACGUCAUGGACCAGAUCUUGUCGUGCACACAAAGAGAGAAACUGUUACCUCAAGUCGUUGCACAGGAAGAGUCAAAAGUCAACGUAUCUACAAACCAGAAACUAAAGGCUGUUCUUGUCACAUCUCUGGAUCCAGAGUACGCUGACCGGUUAAAGAACAUGUUUUGGGAGCAACCUAGUUCGACAGGAGAGAUCAUAGAAGUUUAUCAGCCAAGUGGAGAAAAGUUUCAACAAACGGACAAGAAGAUUCAUGACCAAAAGGCACUCGCGGAGAUGUAUCUUCUGAGUUUGACUGAUAAGAUUGUCACGAGUGCAAGGUCCACGUUCGGAUAUGUUGCUCAUAGUCUCGGAGGGUUAAAGCCAUGGUUACUCUAUCAGCCAAAGGGUUUCACGGCUCCUGAUCCUCCUUGUAUACGAUCCACCUCUAUUGACCCUUGUCACCUUACUCCUCCUUCUCAUGGAUGUGACGCUGAUUGGGGAACUUACUCGGGGAAGGUUGUUCCUUUUGUAAGGGAAUGUGAGGAUCGUGAGCAUGAUGGGAUUAAGCUAUUUGAUGAGUUGUAAUAGUUCUUGUUUGUUUUAGUUGAUUUCGUCGGAUUAUUGAGUUAAUGAACCACAUGUUCAAGUUUAUCUUUUUUUUUUUGCUAAAAUUUGGAUGUUCAUCUUUUUGAAACACUUUUUUUUUUGAAACACUUCAAGUUUAUCUUUCUUUUGAUUUUCCUCUAUAAUGAUGUUUAAUGUGCUUAAGAGAAG